ACAGAGAUGGCGGCUGCACGUUCGAGUUUUGUUUGGACUGAUGAAGAGGUGGAACUUUUACUUCGUGUUACUUUGGAGUAUAAGUCUUCAAAGCACCAGGAGGACAUUGAUUGGGAGUCCUGCCAGACAAAGUAUGCAGAUAUCCAUGAAGCCUUCGUGCGGAGAUACCCAGCCGGCAAAAGGGUCGAGUUCCCCCACAGCACCGAGGCCACCUCCAGAGUCCAGCUGACCUCCAAGCUCAAAGCUAUUCGCGGGAAAUUCCGGCAGGCUGUGGACUCCGGCCGGCGUAACGGGCAUGGCCGUGUGGUGCUGCUUUAUUUUGAGCUUUGCAAACAGAUCUGGGAUGGAUCUCCGGACACUGACGCCCUAGAAUCUGGGUUAGAGACCGGAGAUGUGAAGUGCAGUUUGAGGAGCUUAUCGGCUGCCAUGACUCCACGUGCGACCCCUCUGUUCGAGUCCGUGGGGCAUGGAGGCUCUCUGAGCAAUGAAAACCUUGGUUCCGAUGUCAGUACAAGGCGAAACAUCCUCCAAGCGAAGCUCACUGGGCACCGGAGAGACCGGCUGAAGAGGAAGGUCCACUCUGAUCCGGCCGUCCAGGAAGACCUUCAGAUUAAAAGACGCAUGUUGGAGUUGAUUGAGGAAUCUGAGAAGUACAACAAAGCUAAACUGGACAACCUUUCAGUGCAGAUGGACAAGAUGUUAGACUCCAUUGAUGAAGGGAUGUCUUUACUAAGAACACUCAUGUCCAACAGUCCACGUCCUGAUGGAAGCAGCAACAUAGAUACAGAUGUUCACAUUCCUUCAUCUGGACUCAAGAUUGAAAUCCAACCUGCUGCUGAUCACUGUUAUGCUGGACAUGAAGAGGUGGGCUGUGACGUCUGCACUGGGAGGAAACUGAAAGCUUUCAAGUCCUGUUUAGUUUGUUUGAUGAAUUACUGUGUGAAACAUCUUCAACCUCACUGUGAUGCUGCUACAUUAAAGGUUCACAAGCUGGUGAAUCCCUCCAAGAAGCGACAACAAAUCCAUCAGAGAAUCCAGGACCAAGAGAAAGAUGUGAAGCUGCUUCAACAGGAGGUGGAGGCCAUCAAUGUCUCUGCUGAUAAAGCAGUGGAGGACAGUGAGGAGAUCUUCACUGAGCUGAUCCAUCUCCUCCAGGAAAGAAGCUCUGAGGUGAAGCAGCAGAUCAGAUCCCAGCAGGAAACUAAAGUGAGUCGAGUCAAAGAUGUUCAGGAGAAGCUGGAGCAGGAGAUCACUGAGCUGAAGAGGAAAGACGCUGAGCUGGAGCAGCUCUCAAUCACAGAGGAUCACAACCAGUUUCUCCUCAACUACCCCUCACUGCCAGCACUCAGUGAGUCGACACACUCAUCCAGCAUCAACAUCCGUCCUCUGAGACACUUUGAGGACGUGACAGCAGCUGUGUCAGAGCUCAGAGACAAACUACAGGACGUCCUGAGAGACGCAUGGACAAACAUCUUACUGAGAGUCACUGAAGAACCAAAGACAAGAGCAGAGCUCUUAAAAUAUUCACAGGAAAUCACUCUGGACCCAAACAUAGAAAACAGAGAUCUGUUAUUAUCUGAGGGGAAUAGAAAAACGAUAAUAAAAGAAGAGGAGUCUGAACUCUGGUUAUAAUGGAGUCUGACUGGAUGUUGUUUCUGGAAGGUGACAUGAUCGUAGUUUCCUACCAGAACAUCAUCAAUGAAUGUUUAUUUGGAUUAAGUUACAGGUCGUUAUGUUGCUACACAGUUAAGUUUCAUCACGACACAUUGAAACUCCAGUAUCAGGUCCAGUUUCCUCCAGAAUAGGAGUGUACCUGGACCACAGAGCAGGUAUUCUGUGUUUCUACAGCGUCUCUAUGAAAGUGACUCUCCUCCACAGCGUCGUUUUAUUCUCUGUUGAGUUAAUCUAAACAUUCAGCAGUGAUCUGAGGUCCAGUUGGUUCAACUGUGUAUUUUAUUUUUUAUUUAUUUAGUCUUCAUCAUUGCUGCCGAGUUAUGUUAUGGAUCAGUAUUAUGGAAACUGAUAAUACUGAUCCAUUAUCAGUUUUUUAUUUUUUUUUAUUUUGAAGAAAUAUUGAUUAACAUCGAUUGUACUUUUCAAAGUGUUGUAGUCAUUUAUGCUGAGCAAAGAGAGAAAUCUCAUGUUUGUUGCAUUGAAUUUACUGAAGGAUUUGUGGACGUAGCUACUGUAUUAAAACACACUGGAAUGGAGAAUAAAGAAUAAACCAUCUAAGCAAUU